AUGUCGGGCAAGGCUGGAGGAAGAGCGGGGGAGGACGUCGCAACCUUCGGGGCAGUCGAGAGGCUCGAGGCUGUCGACAGGAUGCAGCAGCUGAAGAGGCUCCAUCAACCCCGGGAGAGCGACAAGCCUGAUGGCAGACAUGCGCGGUUCUUGGAGGAGAAGGAGCCUCUGUCUUGCUCUGCCCCAGAGAGCCCAGACGUCGAGGACAUGCACCUGGCGCUCAUACAAGCUUACAACAACCAGCUCGUGGUAUGGAAGGUGAGGUACGACCUCCGUCCUGUCGUCCGGUUCGCGUGGUGGGACAGCAGCGAUGGGAAGCACGGAGGGUACAAGAUAAGAGUGGAGGUGUCUGAGAGUGAGAGAAAGACAAUCAACGAAUACGACUUGUUCCCCGCUGAGAGAAGCUCCAUAACGCUUGUCACCGCAACUCAUCAGAGCAUUGAGCUACCGUACACUACAUGCUCCUUUUGCAGUGCCGAUAGUUUCGGGCCAGCAGGCUUUAUCUUUGUUGCACCGAAGGGCAUCUCAUUUCCCAUCAAUGCUGUGCUGGUUCUGCCUUCGGUGGAGAAGCAGCUCCAGAGAGCGAGGCAAGAGUCAGAGAAGCGUUUCGUGGAGAGAGAAUUGGAACGGCAGUACAAGAUUCAAGAUGAUAUGAAUAAGCUCAGAAUCAGACAGAGGCGUUUCGAAAGGAGGCAAGACAUCGAAUACAGGUUUCACAACAUCCUUGAGCGAUCAAGAAAAGAAGCAACCACACAGCCAAUCGCACAAGCUCUCUAUGAGUCCCAGGACUUUCCUUACAUGCAUGCUGUUUGGAAGCAGCUGAAGCCGGCCGGUGUUUAUCCUCCUCCCGACAAGCAUCCGAUAGUCGUCAAGUAUUAUGCCGAGAUGACUUCAGUGCAGGGGGUGGAAGUGAACGUGUUGACGUUCGAGGUCUGGAGCAGGAGCUUUGACGUUAGGUACACCAUCCACCUUCAGGUUCAAGACGCGAUCACAGGGAGAGUGAUCAACACGUCUGUGCCAGGGAUACUGCUGUACACAUGGAGCAGGAUACACGUUUUCAACGCUGAGUCUGCCCCGAGUGCAAGGGACGCACCGUCACUCUGCUACGCCAAGAGGAGGCUGUGGCUGUUCGGAGGGAAGACAAGGGGCGGGCAGUACAAGACAUUCUACGAUGACCUGUGGACAUACGAUUACGACACCAACGAGUGGACUCUGUACACAAAGGCCGAGCAGAUAACGAACGCUAAGGGAGAAAUCAAGAGGAAGAAGGGCGUUCAUGGGAAGCGACCUCCUGGAUCCAGCUCAGCCAUACUGCUGCACCGCAGAACUGAGAGCGGCGAGUUCUUGUACCUUGCGGGGGGCAACACGCACAGCAGCAAGAGGAGAGACGUCCGGAAGCUCGACAUUUCGAGGAACUCAUCGACGUACCUCAAGUGGAGUGAGCUGAUCGCGCACGGGGAGAGCCAAGUGGCGGCCAUGGUCUCUACGUUGCAGGAAGGAGAUGAGGAGGUGAAAGGGGAUCCGCCACUUAAGGGGUUCAGCCUCAAGACCCUGCACACCAGCCACCAGGUGUACUGCUCCUGCAUCGAGGACGGAGAGGUCUACGAGCUGUGCCUGUCGAGCAAGAAAUGGAGCAAGAUCCCAGUGGAGAACGUGCUGCCGUGGAAGACCAGCAAGGUGCUCCUGGCCGACCUCAAGAUCAAGGUCCGCUUCAUCCUCGUCGACUUCUUCACCAAGUCUCCGAGCGAGGGGUACCCGGCGGUUGAGACGGGGGAGAUCUGGAGGAUCUACUCUAAAGUGAACGCCAACGACGAUCGUGAAGACGCCCGCAAGGAGUGGAUGCUCUGCCCCAAUCAGACCGUCCAGUUCGUGUCGGCUCCUUGCUUCGGAGACGUUCCCGGCAUGCAGGAGGGAGAGGAGGGAGGCGAGCUGGGAGGCGAGCUGGAGGAGCCUGAGCCUGCUGACCUCAGCCAAGACUGGGUGGUCGGGAGAGAUGCGUACCCUCAAGUGGGGCUGCUCGUUCAGAGGCGGAAGGACAAGGGAGUAGGGGGCGGAGCAGGGCUGGUGAUCGACGUGUUCACCGUUGAGGAUGCGGGGGGCAAGGAGGAGAAGGUCUGCAGAGUUCGAUGGAACGAGACAGGGGAUGAAGAGAACUUCUCUCCCUCACAGCAAGGAGACUACGACUUGAAGAUGUGCAUCGACAGUGAUCUCUACGCAACGAGGAAUGCGUCGAAUGAGUUGUGGUCACUUGAUAUCAUCGAGCCCACAGAUCAUAAAGACACCAUGUCAGAGCUGGAAUCAAUCAGGCUUGCUCAAGGCUUCACAGAUGCCAAUGUCCUCAAGACGGUUCUGGGGAGAACCUUUCGCACAAGUUCUUCAUCGUGAACUUGAAAUCUCCAUGUUGUUGCAAUCUUGUAUUAUUUCUUUCGUUUUCAACUC